AAGAGACCUGAUCGAAUGGGGGAUGGUAGAAGGAUAUGAGGCGAUGGGCGGGAUUAACAUUUAAAGUCUGUGAUUGGUUGUCCCACAAGUCGAGGAACUUUUAAUGCAGCCAAUGAGAUCAUUCUAUGGGUCGGUCCAGGAAAACUAGCAAUCAGAGAAGGCUAUACCUCCCAUUGUAAAUUAGCAUAGAGCAGUGGACAAAAACCCGCCUGUAGAAACGCAUUGUCAUUGUUCUUUUUAGUUUCACUAACUGGAGCAUCAUGCCUGAACCAGCGAAGUCUGCUCCCAAGAAGGGCUCGAAGAAGGCCGUCACUAAAACCGCCGGCAAGGGCGGAAAGAAGCGCAGAAAGUCCAGGAAGGAGAGCUAUGCGAUCUACGUGUACAAAGUCCUGAAGCAGGUUCACCCCGACACCGGGAUCUCCUCCAAGGCGAUGGGGAUCAUGAACUCUUUCGUCAACGACAUCUUCGAGCGCAUCGCCGGUGAAUCGUCUCGUCUCGCUCACUACAACAAGCGCUCCACCAUCACAUCGAGAGAGAUCCAGACCGCCGUGCGUCUGCUGCUGCCCGGAGAGCUGGCCAAACACGCCGUGUCUGAGGGCACAAAGGCCGUGACCAAAUACACCAGCUCAAAGUAGAGCGAGUCCGCUCAACAACACAAAGGCUCUUUUAAGAGCCACCCACAAUGUCUUUAAAGAGCUUAAACACAGGGAAUCUUAGUAUGUCAAAUGUUUUUGGAGAAGUCUGGCGAGCUUCAUUAAUUUUUUCUUUUGUGUUUUGCUGGAACUCUGAGGUUUAACACUUAGAAAAAUGUAAUUGAAUAUUUUAACUACUCUUAGAAGAAUUCAUUUUAUUGUGAUUUUUUUUUUUUUUUUACUUCAUCACAGACAUUUUGUGUUUAUAAAUGAAGAGACUAAUCUACAGCUCAUUGUUUAGAGACUGAUUGACUGGAACAUCAAGAGAGAGUGUAAUAAUACAAAUCACUUUAUGCGAGCAGAUUCAUAAAUGUUCUGAUGUUUCUCUUAAUCUGAAAAUUUGAGUGCUUUCUGCACAGCCAAGCUGUGUGAAAUGUAAAUUAGAUGGUGGAAAAGAUUCCUUUGACUUUGUGUUAUCAUUAGCUGCAUUGUUGCUGUUGGUCUGUUAUACUGUUAAAAUGUCAAAAUACCUGCUGUUCCUCCCAUUCAAUACAUUUAAAGAUAUUUGUGAUGUUGUUAUCUUAGCUUAACUGAGAAUUAAAUAAAAAAAAAAUAAAUAGAAAUAUCUGUACCUAUAAAAUCACUCGGUCAAUGUAAAUUACAUUUUUCAUUCUUAGACCUGAUAUACCGUAAAAUUGUUGUCAAACAACAUUUUGAACAGUUUUGUGUCCCUAAAUGGCAAUUUUAAGUAUCUUUCAGUGAAAUGCCAUUAAAAUAACAUUACUGUUAUUUUAUAUAAACAAUGUGGAAUUGAUAGAUUUUGGUGUAUUUGGCCGAGCAGUGGUUUGGGUGGCUUGCCUAUGUAUUAUAUUCUUCCAAUACAUAAAAUAGGCAAGCUUGACCAGUUCUUGUGGGGAGGAGAAUUUAUUGAAGGUUUGUAAUGUAGCAGUCCUUCAGCAGCGAUGUUAGCAUGUCGCUCUCCAACAAUCUUAGUCCAAAGUCCUGUCAGUGAGACCAACUUUAUACAUGAUAGGCUACAAACAAUAGAAA